AUAAAAUGAAACUAUUGUUAGUUUGCAGGCUGUUCUUUUUUUACAAUUAAAACCUAGUUGGCAAUAUAAUGGCCGAAUCUGCGCUGAAAACAAGAGUACAGGAGCUUGAAAAUGAGGUUAAGUCGUUAAAAAAGCAGCUCGGAGACAACAAAGCUCGGCAGAAGAUUGAAACCAUGAGUUCUGAGGUCGUAGAUACAAAUCCAUACAGUAGGCUUAUGGCGUUGAAAAGAAUGGGAAUCGUGGAUAAUUAUGAAACUAUACGAGAAUAUACUGUGGCUGUGGUUGGUGUUGGGGGUGUGGGAAGUGUCACAGCUGAAAUGUUAACAAGGUGUGGGAUUGGGAAGCUCAUAUUGUUUGAUUACGAUAAAGUUGAGCUUGCCAACAUGAAUCGACUUUUUUUCCAACCUCAUCAAGCCGGGCUAAGCAAGGUACAAGCUGCUGAACAUACAUUGCGUAAUAUCAACCCUGAUGUGGAAUUCGAGGUGCAUAAUUACAACAUAACAACUAUGGAUAACUUCCAACAUUUUAUGGGUAGGUUAAAAAACGGUGGAAAGACAGAAGGACAGGCGGUUGAUUUGGUUUUAAGUUGUGUGGAUAAUUUUGAGGCUCGAAUGGCAAUCAAUACUGCAUGUAAUGAGCUUUGCCAAACAUGGUUUGAAUCUGGAGUAAGUGAGAAUGCUGUCUCUGGUCAUAUUCAGUUGAUAAAGCCAGGUGAAUCUGCUUGCUUUGCUUGCGCACCUCCAUUGGUUGUUGCCACACAUACAGAUGAACGCACUUUGAAAAGGGAAGGAGUUUGUGCUGCAAGUUUGCCGACAACUAUGGGUGUUGUGGCUGGCUUACUUGUGCAGAACACAUUGAAGUAUUUGCUCAAGUUUGGAACAGUUUCUUUCUACCUAGCAUACAAUGCAUUGCUGGAUUUCUUCCCUUCAAUGACUAUGCGACCAAACCUUGAUUGCGACGAUUCUUUCUGCCGUAAGUGCCAGGUUGAAUAUCAGAAGACGGAAAGUGAGAAAGUAGAAGAACCUGUUGAAGUUGUGAAAGAAGCAGAAGUUUCGACGGAGAAUGACUGGGGAAUUGAGAUUAUGACUGAAACUACAGAAGAAGAAUCAAAUGCAGCCAGUGGUCCUGUUCCAAAACUAGCUGAAGGAUUAACUGUUGCCUAUACCCUACCUACUAAAACCAAAGAUGAACCAAAAGAAGCUGUUUCCAAUGGAAAUGGUUUAUCUCUUGAUGAUUUAAUGGCACAAAUGAAAACUUUAUAAGUGAAUAUUAUUAUGUUGGUGUUAAUUUGGUGAAUUGUGUUUUGUCGAGAAAUUUGUUUUUAUUUGCCAAGCGGUAGUGGGCUCAUACUGUUGUAAAUCAAACCCAUGUUAUGUGUAUUAUGUUACUGAACUUGUAAAGAAACCUGAAACGACUUAGCUUUUUCUGUUCUAAAUAUCUUGAUUUUCUGUUGUGUAAAAGGGUGUGUGACGUUAGACAUGUUAUACUAUAAUGCCUUUUAUAGUUUUGAUUAUAUCAUGGCAGACAAUACCUUUUCAGAAGGCUGGCAGUUCCAUACAGUUAGUUGUUUUAAUAUCCUGUGCAAUAAUGUUUGAAAUUGAAUUAAUGAUUAGUUGAUAUUAUUGCGGAAUAUUGUGUUUGUGAUGCAAAUAUGAUCUUUGUGUCUUUGCAAGAUAACUUUAUCUCUUUGUUUGUUUUAUUAGA